ACUUCCCCUUUCCCCCUCCUCUCUUCCUACAUUCCUCUUCUUCUUCUUUCUCUAGAUUUCUUCUAGAUAGACGAGGCUACAUAGCUUAGUGCUAUUAGGAGAGAAGAUGACUAUAUCGAUGGAGUACUACUACUCAAGCCGGGUGGUGGCCGGCUUCUUUCAGAAGGUGGCGCUCCUCCUUUCCUUUGUGGUGAGAUGGCUUCUCCUCCCCUGCUACUGCUGGUGGUCCGGCGACGAAGAAAGAGAAGCCGAGGACGCCGGAGGGGAGCAGUACCGCAGCCGGCGGCACCAGCCGGCGGCGGCGCAGGCUGUGAGGGAGAGCCUGCAGGUGGCGACCUACGAGGAGGUGGCGGGGGAGGCGGCGGCGGCGGCGGCGACGAGGUGCGCGGUGUGCCUGAGCGAGGUGGGGAGGAAAGACCGGGUAUGGGAGCUGCGGAACUGCCGCCACGUGUUCCACAAGGUGUGCCUGGACCGAUGGCUGGACCACGACGAGCACCUCUCCUGCCCACUCUGCCGGGCUCCGCUCCGGCCGGCUGCUUCCCCGCCGGCGGCGUCGGAGCCUAGCUGGGCCGUGGAGCGACUCCUCUACCUCUUUGGAGACGACCUCUUGUUUGCCCCUCCCUCGCAGCCCACCUCUUACAUUCAAUAGAUGUGUAAAUAUCGGAAUAAGAUUUUUGAUCGCUUUGCAUGCACCAACAACUGGAGAGCAGGCAAUUGAUGACUCUUCAAGAGAUAGUUGUCAUGGUUGGAAAGAGAGUUGAAAGGAGGAAAUGGGAACAUCAUGAUCAAAUGCCACUCUAAUGGCAGAAUGGAUAAUGGUCCUCACCCCCUUCAUAUAAGAAGAGGUUCCAUGUUUAAAUUCUGGCAUUUGAGACAAGGGUUGCAAUUCGGACGGAUUGGUUUGAAUUGAGGGCUAAUCCUAGCUGAACACCACCCAUAUAUACAACCCACAAAAACUAAUUCAACCUAAACUGUAGGGAGUUCUCCAACUCCAAUCUUAUAUUUUUAAGAGAAACUUUGUGUUUGGUUUGCGGUCGGAAUCGGAGUGGCCUGUAUCUACUAACACUUUUUGGAUUAUGAUCGAAUCGGAAGCCAAAUGAGAUUUAAAUACCAAGAGAGAGUAAAAAUU